CGCGUUACUCUGUUUUUAUAUUUAUAUCUAUCAGUCUCCUUUUUUCCCCCUGUCUCUGUUUCUCUCUUUCUCUCCUCCUCCUCCUCUGCGCACUCUCUCUCCUUUAACGAUUAUUAUUACUCUGGUGGGACUACAAGUUCUAAAUAAUAACCAAAGAUUUCGUGAGAAUGUGGCCUAACCAAAAGUGUUAAGUUUUGGAUGUUAUUUGGAUUAAAGCUAAACUAAGUCAACAAGCCCCCCCUCCUCUCUCCGUCUUGUAAUUGAAACACACUCCAUACACGAGCGAUAAGCUUUUUUGCAUUGAAAAGUUGCGAGUGGUGUGUAUCUUGCUGACUGUUUCGACACCAUGGUACUCUCCCAAAGACAGCGUGAGGAACUGAACAAAGCAGUUGCGGAUUAUCUUAGUGCCAAUGGAUACCUGAACUCUUUAGAUGCAUUCCAAAAGGAGACAGAAAUGCCAGGAGAGAUUGACAAGAAAUAUGCUGGGUUACUUGAGAAGAAGUGGACCUCAGUCAUCCGACUACAGAAAAAGGUGAUGGACCUUGAAUCCAAAUUAGUUGAAGCGGAGAAAGAGGUGAAUGCCGGAGCCCCGACUCGUGGCAACAGAAGUCCUACAGAAUGGAUCCCUAGACCCCCAGAAAGAUAUGAACUAAAAGGCCACAGAAGCCCAAUUACCAAAGUCUUAUUUCAUCCACUAUACAGUUUACUUGUGUCUGCAAGUGAAGACGCCACCAUUAAGGUGUGGGAUUUCGAGACUGGGGAUUAUGAAAGAUCAUUAAAAGGACAUACAGACUCUGUUCAGGAUAUCGCUUUUGAUCACACUGGAAAACUGCUGGCCUCCUGCUCAGCUGAUAUGUCUAUAAAACUCUGGGAUUUUAAUGGUUAUGAUUGUAUCAGAACUAUGCACGGACACGACCAUAAUGUUUCGAGUGUAACAUUUAUGCCUAGUGGAGACCACAUUGUCACAUCAUCACGUGACAAAACUAUAAAAAUGUGGGAAAUUGCUACUGGAUAUUGUGUGAAAACUUUUUGUGGCCAUCGGGAGUGGGUUAGGAUGGUGCGGGUUUGUGCCGAUGGUUCCUUGUUGGCUAGCUGUUCAAAUGAUCAGACUGUGAGGGUGUGGGUUGCUGCCACUGCAGAAUGCAAAGCAGAGCUGCGUGAACAUGAACACGUUGUGGAGUGUAUUGCCUGGGCUCCUGACGGUUCCCACUCUAGCAUCAAUGAAGCUCUUGGCAACAGCCCAAAGAAGGGAAAUAGAAGUGGUCCCUUCUUACUUUCGGGAUCUCGAGACAAAACAAUCAAAAUGUGGGAUGUUGGAACUGGUCUCUGUCUCUUCACAUUGGUUGGCCAUGACAACUGGGUACGUGGUUUGGUGUUCCACCCUGGUGGCAAAUUCAUUCUAAGUGCAUCUGAUGACAAGACUAUCAGAACCUGGGAUAUCAAGAAUAAACGCAACCAGAAGACACUAAAUGCCCACCAGCAUUUUGUUACAUCAUUAGAUAUGCACAAGACUGCUCCUUACGUAAUAUCUGGCAGUGUGGACCAAUCUGUGAAAGUAUGGGAGUGUCGCUAAAGUGGCAAGUGUGCACUUGGAGUUUUUUUUUAUGGUCUUGGUGUGUUUUGGCGAAAGUCACCCACUAGCCGGCUGGUUACGUUGGCAUGACUGAUGAAUGAACGAAUAAA